AUGAGGAGAGAACUGUCAGAGGUGAAGCGGAGUGAGAUCUAUGGACGCUGGGACGCAGGUCAGAAGCAGAAUGAGAUUGCGGCACAGAAAUCCAUCAAUCAAUCCACCGUCCACAGAACCACCAAACGCAAGCUUGAGGACAACUCACACUCUUCACAUCCUCGUUCCGGUAGACCUUCCAAAGUAACUGAGCCGGCUAAGCGCAAGAUCCUUGGUCAAAUUGAUGAUAAUCCAAACCUUCCUUGGCAAUAUUAUGGACGGAACGUGGAUGAACACCAAAACAAUGUCAGCGGACAAACAGUCAAACGGGUAGCUGAGAAGGAGGGACUACACAAGAGGAUCAAACGCAAGAAAUCUUGGUUGCUCCCUAUUGGAUGGACUAUCCGACGAGCACACAAAGAAUACACCUCCAAACACAUGCACAUUCAUUUCCACUCCAAUCAUAUUUCCGUCCCCAUCUGGGGAGCUAUAGCGUACAACAAGAAGUUUCCCCUAUUUCGCAUUCCCCUUGAACGUAUCAAAAGACCAAAAGGGUGGAAAACAUAUGUUGCGGAAGUUCAGGAGGAACAGGGGGGCGGAGUCUGCAUGAUGGUAGACGGAUCUCCGGCACAUCGAGCACAAAUUACUCGGGAUGCUGAGGCAGCGCUUUCUCUUCAACAAUUCCCUCAUCCUCCAUACUCUCCGGAUCUCAAUCCAAUCAAGUCAAUGUGGGCUGAUGUCAAGCAUGAAUUAGAUCAUGGUAGACCACAGCCUACAAAUGCAGACAAGUUAUUCCAGGAGAUCCAGCGCAUUUGGGAUGGGAUCCCAAUCACUCGAGUAAAUCAGUUGAUAGAAAGUAUGUCGGCACGUCGGGAUGAGCUGGAGAAAGCAGACGGACUGCAGACAUCAUUCUAA